AUGUCAGAAUUGAGCAUACGGAAGGAUAAAGAUGCCGUGGGCGACUCGGGGGUGGCUUAUGAGCCUCCCAGCGGAAGCGGAAUGGAUGCGGAAAGGCCGUUUGAGAUGGGAAAUGGGUUGUUUGACAUGUUUUCGCCGUCAUCAGAUAGCUUUUCGGCGACCCUGGUUCCUGGCACAAGUAGUGGAGUUAAUAAUGGUGCUAAUUCUCAUGUGCCGAAAUUCAUCACUAAGUCUAGAUCCGUAGAAUUACAAUCGUCUGCUUUCCCAGGAGAUUCGUCGAUGCACACCAAAACCACCACCAACACGAAUACGAACACGGAUGCUGCUAUUAAGGAAAAUGCCAAUAAAGUGUCCCCAAGGUCCGACUUGGCGGAUAAUAUGUUUCCUUUAUUCCCUUUGGUCGGUAAUUCUAGUUUCAGCACAAGUAAAGACCAGCCGAUGUCUCCUAUACCUGAUCAUAUCAGAGCCAAACUCGAUCCAUCUCUGAAUUUAUCAGGACAAUUAGUCAAUGAUAAUGAUAAUGGAAAUAAUGGAAUAUCUCAUUAUCAACCUAUACGACCUAAGAGACCAGAAAGUUCCCUUUCAAUUACGUCAAAUUCUUCAUCAGGAAGUAGACCGAACGUCAAUAUGGAAAACUUGAAUUACCUGAAUAUUCAACCAACAUCUGCAUAUCCGCCAAAUGGCUUCGAAUUCCCUGGUGACAGUAAUGAUAUCACCUCGAAUAGUUUAUUUGAUGACGAGUAUGGACUGUUCAUCAAGUCAUUAAGUCAAGAAGAAAAAAGAGAAAUACCUCAAACAAAUCCGCAAUUGGAUAAAAAGAGUAGUCAGUAUCAACUGACUAUGGAUCUUGAACUUCAUCCAAUGUUUACGGAGCUAAUGCUACCUAUGAAUUAUAACAAUUCCAAAACUGACAAAUAA